AUGAGAGGACUUGUUCGCUCCUCCCUCUUCUUGAUGCUGACCGUUUUGGUCACACUUGUCGUGAUUGUAGUUUCCGAGUCGCAUCCACAACUCGAUUCAAUGAAAAUCCACAAUUUGAUGAACAUUGGUGUGAAAAAUCAUUUAGAAGGAACGUUCAAAGUGCACUUUUUGAAUGGUGAUCAUGAUGGAGUGAUGAACGAUCAUCAACAAUUUAAAACUGUGGAUUCUGAUUGGAUAGGAAUGUAUAGAAUUGAAAAUGGAGAUUCUUUCAAAUUCUUUGCACAAAGUUUGCACUCACCACUGGCUGUCACUUUUGACGGAAAACGUAUGGACCUUGUAGUUUAUGUUCCUAAAUCGCACAAUGAUUGCAUUCGAUUGAAUUAUGACAUGAUCGAUACGACCCAAGAGACAAGCUCCACCAAGAGCGGAAUUCACAUGACUCUCUCAAUAUUUAUGGAAAACAUGCUGAGACCUGCAUUGCUGUCAAAAUGGAGAAUGGAACUCAAUGAAGAUGGAUAUUUGAGUGAAAUUGCUCAAUGCACUGAAAAAGACUCGUUAAUUUUCAUCAAUGAUUUGAAAGAGGAAAGCAAUGAUGCUUUGAUCGCCUGUUUCAGUAAGAAAACAAACAGAAUUUACAGAAUUAGAUCGAGAAUGGCUGAAAUUGAGCUUGACACCAUUCCAAUGUCUACAGUCUCCUCUCAUUACAGUGAUUUAACCAAAUCCAAUUGUACAACAGUUUCUCCCAAGCAACAAUUCAAGUCAUUUUCUCCUUCUCAGUCUUUACUUAAUUCCGAAAGAAGAAAGACCAGUGUCACCUCCACUCCAUGGUACAAGAUGAUGAAGAUCCACACUUCCACACCUCACAUGAAUGGAGUCAUCAUGAUCAAGAAUCCACACGCAGCACCAAAUGCCACAAAACAUUCAAAAAUUUUUGACUUUAUUGCUGAAGUGACACAAAAUUGUGAUGGUGAAAAUCCAAUUGAGGCAGAUGCAACUCUGUAUCCUGAUUUUUGUGAUAUUGACAGACCCAGUUAUCGAGGAAAGAAACCCAUGUGUUUGGGUUCACCAAUCUUCUCUUAUUCGAAACCAUUAAUUUCUGCAAGAAUGUGCGGUUUUUCACCUAUGGGACUCGUUACUUAUUAUGGAAUUGCUUUGGAGUUAUUUGCAAAUUUAGUACAAUAUGGUGAAGCAAAUGAUGGUUUGGUUCCUGCUUCGAGUUGUCUCAUGGACACACCAAUGGAUAAAUUCUCUCCUACUCCAGAGAGUGCAUUAUAUAGCGCAAACAUUAAUCAUGCAGAUGCCACAUGUAGAAAUGGUGACUCAUUAUUUGGAGACACCUCCAAACAACCAUGUGCAUUCUAUUCCUUCAGAAACUAA